AUGUUUGCCCGGCAAUCUACUCGAUUUCUCUCCCCAAGAACCACAACCAUCUUCGCGCGCGUCCGCUUGUACUCAUCCGCUUCUCCGAGCUAUGAGCACAUCCUCACCUCAACCCCAAAGCCGGGAGUUGGUCUGAUCACUCUCAACCGUCCCAAAGCCCUCAACGCCCUUUCCAGCCCUCUCUUCAAAGAACUAAACGAUGCGCUCUCCAAAUACGACGAGAGCAAGGAUAUCGGCGCCAUCGUCAUCACAGGAAGUGAGAAAGCUUUUGCGGCCGGCGCCGACAUCAAAGAAAUGGCCCCCCUAACCUUCGCCUCCGCCUACAGCAACAACUUCAUAGCCCCCUGGUCUCACCUCGCUACCUCAAUUCGCAAGCCCGUGAUCGCCGCGGUCUCCGGCUACGCCCUCGGCGGCGGGUGCGAGCUCGCCCUGAUGUGCGACAUCAUCUACUGCACAGCCAACGCCACUUUCGGACAGCCCGAGAUCAAGCUGGGCGUUAUCCCCGGUGCCGGUGGUUCGCAGCGCCUCACGGCUGCAGUCGGCAAGAGCAAAGCGAUGGAGCUUAUUCUCACGGGUAAGAACUUUAGUGGGAAGGAAGCGGGUGAGUGGGGGGUUGCGGCGAAGGUUGUAGAUGGCGGCAAGGAGGAGUUGCUCGAGGAGGCGGUUAAAACUGCUGAGACCAUUGCGGGAUAUAGUCGGGUUGCGACUGUUGCGGCGAAGGAGGUGGUCAAUAAGAGUCAGGAUUUGGGUGUUAGGGAGGGUGUUGAGUAUGAGCGGAGGUUGUUCCAUGGGCUGUUUGGCAGUCAGGAUCAGAAAAUUGGAAUGACUGCCUUCUCAGAGAAGAAGAAGCCUGAAUGGUCUCACGAGUAA